CAGGAAGCUGACGCGGUGCUUUGUGGGAUUUGUUGUUCUCCGAAGCAGUUGGAAGUGAAAAAGAAAUGUCUCACAUGAGAUCUCAGACGUGUCAUAAAUGAUUUGCCGCCUUCCAGGAUGACCUGUGGUUGCUUUUACCUGUUGGGAGCUGUUGGGGAUCUGUUACCAGAAAGCGCCGGCGUCCUGACCGGGUUUUGGGCAGGCGGUUCUUGACAUGAAGACGAGACCUGCGGGGAUCGGCAAGGUCAAUGCCGACUGGAUGGGGUCGCUGCCCUCCCAACUUAGUGCCAUGCCGCUCAAAUACAUCGCUGUCCCAGGCUCUCACGAUUCUUUCACUUUCUGGGUGGAUGUUCAUGCUCCUGUGGGCACCGAUCAGAAGACUUACGUCAAAUACCUGGCCACCAUGUUUAGUGUCUUAGCCAAAAAAGUCAUGGUGAAGUGGUCAAUGACGCAGAACUUGACAUUUAGGGAGCAGCUGGAUGCAGGGAUUCGUUAUUUUGACCUCAGGGUAUCUUCUAAACCAGGCGAACCUGGAAAUGAGAUCUAUUUUAUCCACGGCCUCUUUGGACACAAGGUGAGAGACGGCCUGUUAGAAAUUAACUCCUUCCUCUGCAGACACAAGAAAGAGGUGGUGUUUUUGGACUUCAAUCAUUACUACGCAAUGGAGGCAGAGCACCACAUCUACCUCAUCAACAUGCUCCAGGAAGUGUUCAGGACUAAGCUGUGCAACGACUGUAGGGUGGAAAAUGUCACUCUGGACUACCUCUGGGAGAAGAAAUAUCAGGUUAUUGUAUUCUACCAUCACCCCUCAGCCCAGGGAAUCCCAGUCAUGUGGCCUGGCUAUAAGAUCCCUGCUCCCUGGGCAAACACCACUGAGCCCAACAAGCUUAUACAGUUCCUUGAAUCUACACUGAAGGAAAGAGCCAGGCAGGGAUCGUUCCACGUCACCCAGGCCAUCCUCACUCCAAGACCCAACACGGUGGCCAAGGGUUUGGUCUGGGGGCUUCGCAACUACCUGGUAGAAAGAAACCUGCCAACCAUCAUGUCUUGGGUGGAGAGUCAGAGACCCGGGAAGGAUGGAGUCAACAUCAUCACCUCAGACUUCGUGGAGCUCACGGACUUCGCCGACGUCGUCAUCAAACUGAACAACCUGCUGCUGUCCGAGCAGAAACGUAGACCAAGAUGACGCGAGGAUAUAUAGGAUUUUUCAAAUUGUUCCGAUAUAUGAAGAGCCCAUCGACCCUUGAAGACUUGAAAUCCUCCUUGAGCUCAUCCUUGUUGGUUGUAGCUAACUUUGUCAGCUUCGACAAGUAAAGUUAUCUUUAAAAUGGUACAUUCUAUCCAGUAUUGUGACGAACUUGAGGGACAAGCCCGUGCCGCAGUUUAAAGGAUUAUUUUUGUUUUCACAGUCUUGCUGUGAGCAAGGAGGUCCCCUGGUGUUUACCCACCACCCCACCCAUCUGAGAGCCAAACAUGUGUGGACUUUGUGCCACAAUUCCUAUAAAAAGUAUGCACCCAUGCAAAUAAACAGCCAUGAGUUGUAGGUUUACAGUUUGUUGGCUUGAAUGCAGAAAUAGAAGCUGUUUUAUGGAAAUGUGCAGCUGUGUACUUGAAGUCUUGAUAGAAACAUUAUGUUUAAUUUUACCUAUUUGUUUAUUUGCAGCAGUUUGUGCCUUUCUGGCUCAAUGAUUAGUGUAACGAUCCCCGUGCAUUUUUAUUGAAAAGGCAGCAGAGGAGCAGUGUUUCCACAGACUCCAGUUGUUUUGUUUUUGUGGUGGAGCUAUCAGCUGGACGAGACAUUCUUCAUCAGCAACAUCAGCACCAAAAACAGAAAUAAAAUGUCACAUCUACUGUAGUUUGGCACUUACGUCUGUGCCACAUUGUUGAGGUGGUUCACCAAGCUCCACGAGGUCCUCACACACGCCGAGACACAAGCAGAAAACCUCUUGAGCCCUACGGGCCCAGUACAGGGCCCGCAGAUGGUGUCAUUCAUUGUUGUGUGCUAAAGUAGGUGUAAAACUUAUUUUUCCCAAAUUUUUUCUAAGUCUGUCACAAAAGGUGUCUUUAAUGUUUUUAAAACGAGUCACCAAAUUAUUUUUGGAUAAAUAUUUAUGAUUUUAGGGCUAUAUAAACAUUUGUAAGUUACUUGAAUCGUCGCGGACUGUUUCAGUUUCAGGAAGUUCUCCAUCUGUUACUGUGCAAGUUUUGGUUCUAUAACCCUCCCUUUGGUAUCUUUGAAAAGACGAAGCUCUCAUGAAUUCAGGGAUAUAUUUUACACUGUGUUACUCUUUGUUUGGUGACAUGAAGUUUGUGUGUAACUGACAGUAUAAAUAACAGCCCUCAUGCGUAAAACGUCGAGGCGGAGUUAGGUUCCAUUCAGUGAUUUCAUGGUGUGCACAAUGGUAGAUUUUGACGAUGCACAGUGUAAAUGUAAAAAGAAAAGUUUAGGUCAUAUGCAGAAUGAGUCCUACAAUAGGAAUCAACACUUUUAUUA